AUGAAGAUUCUCGGUGCUGUUUCUGCCAGCGCUUUUACUGUAUUGUUGCUCCUGGGGUCUGUCGCGCAAGGAAAUUUGCUUAAAUGCGCUACUGGCGAUAUGUUUUAUGUCAGUUGGAUAUAUGAACUUGCAUUAAAAGCUGAACAUCGCUUUUGGAGUCCCGAUCACCCUUUAGGUCCCAAUGGGAAAAUUUGCAAGGCCUAUCCGUUCACUGAUCCAUCGGCAUAUACCGGAACCACCCAUCAUCACUUAGUCCAGGUUUGUGUUGGCAUUGAAUACUUCAUAUUGUAUCAAUGGUAUCAUGAUAAAUGGAUUGAAUGUGAAUUACUUAACAAUAAUCCGCAGUGA